AUGGAUGAAGGAGGCAUCAGAAAACGAAGUUCAAAUCAAGAACCUGAUGAAACGCCCAUCAAGAAAAGCAAAUCUAUGAAUCUACAGAAAGAGGCAAGACUUGUAAUAUAUUACAUUGGAAACAGUCCUAGAAGCUCUUAGCCUCCCAGAUCUCAAAUAUAGAUUCCAUUCUGUUGUAAAAAUCAUUUUAUUGUUUACUUACUUACUUACUGCGUUCUUAAACCACGCUUCGUCAUAGUUAGGGAAUUUUAGAUUCUGGAAUUAAUAGUCUUAAGAGGAGCUGCACAUAUGCAAAGAGGUAGUGAACAGCGCCAGGUGGCCUCAACCAAAUUGUGUCUCUCCUAGGCCUAAUACCUUCCCAUGGAUGCUUAUGUGUUUGCAUAGUUUAUGGCAGGAAUGGGGAGCUUGUGACCCUUCAGAGGUUAUUGGCCCCCAAUUUCCAGCUAUGCUGGUUGGGCCUGAUGGGAAAUGAAGUUCAGGAACAUCUGAUUCCCCAUUCCUGGCUUAUGGCAUUCACCUCGAGGCAGUACAAUACAGUCAGCAUUUUUGAAAGCAAUGAAAGCAAUGUGCUUUAAGUAUGCUUAACUCCUUCUUGGGUUUUAUUUGCGGCAAAAUAUGCACCGUGUAAAACAUGGGAAUUAGCUGUUUUGCCCUGAGCUUUAAUUUGAAUGCAGACCUACCUAACUUGCAGUUCCCAACCCAGGACAUGAACAGAACCAGUUAUCCUUCAAAAUUCACACUUGUCUGAAUUUUGCAUUUCAGUUCUCAUACCAAAUGUUUGCAAAAUUGUGUAAACUGGGGGGAAGCGUGCAUGGUUGGUAUCCGUCUGUGCCAGUGUGCUUCUGGGGAUGAAGUCAAACCGCUGGAAAAUGACAGCGCUUGCUGUGGCUGAAAAGCCUGGUAAUUCUCAAUGGCUGCCUUGCACAUUGUUUUUGCUGCUGCAGUAAAGGAGAACUAAAUUUAAUACUGGGGAAAUGUGAAACUGGGGGAGAAACUAAAUUUGACAGAUUUGCCCAUCCACACUUAGAAUUCCGUCCUUAAACACAUCCUCGCUCUCAAGAGGAGGCACAGUUGCACUUGGUACAUGUCCUGUUGUAAAAACAGGGAAUAGUCUAGUUAGGUCCAGCUUUAAUGCCCCAAGUGGUGAAGUAAAAUGCUCUGUGAUGUUCAACACCUGAGUUAAUUAGUAGAGUGUUGUUUGCUAAAUGUGGAGAUAAUCACAAAGCUCAGUGAAGUACAAAAGGAAAGCCUCUUUUCCCAGAACGUCUGGUUAAUGUUUGCAUUGUAUCACAAGUUGUUCCUGGUGUCACCUCACCUGUUAAUGCUGCUGAAAGUCUCAGCACAGCAGACCCUGGUUGCGUUCCCCUCACACUCAUUACUUUUUUCCCUUGGCUAGAAUAUGAAGAAAUGGUCAUGGUCAAUACUGAGCGCUUAUUCCUCCACAUUUUUGUUACCCUUGCCAAGGCAACAAGUAACGUUUUAUACUUUUUAAAUUCUUUUUAAACAUUUUCACCCCACCUCCAAGCUGAAGAAGGCUCCUAGAGCAGCUUACCAAGGUCAUUCCCAGAACAGACCUUUUUUUUUAAGUCUUUAUUUCAUUUUAGUUUUAUAUUGCUUUUAAUUCCUGUGUUACAUUCCAAGUCGCUUUGACUUCACUUUUAAUUUAAAAAAUGACCAAGAAGUACAAUUAAUAAUAUUAAUUAACUGUAGAUCCUACGGAUGUGUUUGUUGGGAAAAUAAGCUCCCCCUAAGAUAUGUGUCAGCAGCUGUUGUAUAAAGCAGUGUUUCUGCAAUAAGAGAGGACCCUUCCUAACAUAUUCUUGGGUUAACAUCUGCUUCAGUGUUCCUGUCCCCCAUCCAUCUCCACCCUCAUGAUACUGCCUAUAGAAGAUUGAAAGAACCACUCCGGUUGAAUUCACCUAACCUCAAUUUCUUUUUCCAGGUGGGCCUGCUUAGUGGAAUCGGUCUCAUUGUUGGGACAGUGAUUGGUUCGGGAAUCUUUGUUUCUCCAAAAGCCGUUCUGGCUAACGUUGGAGCUGUUGGGCCCUGCUUAGUCAUCUGGGCAGCCUGUGGAGUGCUUGCUACGUUAGGUAAAUCACUAUUGCUCUUUCCAAUUUAUUCUCUCCCCCGCUGCCCCGUUUAUUACAAGCUCCUUGUUAUGUGUUAUUUUGUUUAGCCCUUUAACAAUGGAUUUGCAUUUGCUAGUUUUGCAUUUGAAAUUAGCAUAUAUGAUAUAGGUGUUUGGGGAAAAUACUAGCCAAAGCUAACACAUUACAUUACAGCAGUACCUUGGUUCUCACACAGCUUAGUUGUUGAACAAAUCAGCUCCCGAACGCUGCAAACCCGGAAGUAAGUGUUCCGGUUUGCGGACAUUUUUCGGAAGCUGAACGUCCGACGCAGCUUCUGCUUGAGUGCCGGAAGCUCCUGCAGCCAACUGGAAGCCGUGCCUUGGUUUUUGAACGAUUUCGGGAGUCAAAUGGAUUCCCAGUACGGAUUAAGUUCAAGAACCAAGGUAUCACUGUAUUUUGAAGCUCCUUUUUUUCAUCUGGCCUCUCUUGCAAAUCACCAUGUGAUGAAGAACCAAGAGAUCUAUGUUUAGUAUAUGGCAACCAUAUCCUAGCAUGUUUUGGUGCUUAGACUAGAAUUGGGAGUGUUCAGGGUUCAAAUCUCCACUCAUCCAUGAAGCUCUCUGUGUAAUCUUGGACUAGUCACCAUCCCUUAGCCUGACUUACCUCACAGGGUUUUUGCAUGUAUUGAAGAAAAUGGAAAGGAUGAAUGAGAGAUAAAUAUAAACGUAAUAAAUAUGUGAUAACUGGCUCUAAAAAUCACUUUUUGUCACUGGCUUUUCUUUUAUCGAUGCCCCCUGAGUCCCAAGGCACCCGCUGAUGAUGUCAUGGACAGUGUCUAAUAGACACCGUGAGAACAAGCGCAGUGUUUAUAAAUGAAAAUAAUCGUGCUUGUGGGGGAGAGGAAAAAAAGCAUUUCUUCAGCAACUCAAAAUUAUAGUUGGAUAGGACCAGAUGAUCUUCUCACAACAGAAGCACUCACCGGCUGAAAGAAAUGUUGACUAGUUCCAUGUACCAUAACAAAAUUAUGCACUUAAUAGGAACAAAAUCCCUGGUGACUUGAAACAGGCUAGAAGGACCAGGUGCAUAUAGAGUCCUCCAGAAGCCAUAUUGAAAUGGAGAUGGGUGAUUGUGGCAGUGGUGGUGGUAGCGGAAGGUUAUUUUAAAAACUCCCACUUCUUUCUUCAGGGGCAUUUUGUUUUGCUGAACUUGGCACAAUGAUAACAAAAUCAGGAGGAGACUAUUCUUACCUCAUGGAAGCCUUUGGCCCAAUCCCUGCAUAUUUGUUUUCCUGGACAAGUCUCAUUGUCACCAUGCCCAGUUCCUUUGCCAUUAUUUGCCUCAGCUUUGCUGAGUACACAGCGGCUCCGUUUUAUCCGGGUUGUGACCCCCCUACGAUUGUCAUCAAGUGUCUGGCAGCAGCAGUCCUCUGUGAGUAUUUGGCUUUUGAUCAGGAAGACAAAGGUAGCUGGAAGGGUGAAUUAGUGACCUAAAACCAAAUGCAUACAGAGAUAACGGCAAAUAAUAGGCUUCCUUUUACACCGGUGCAAAUUUGUGGGUUAAUUUGGCACAAGCUGGAGGCAGCUGUUGCAUAACAGAAGCGAAGCUAGGAACCAGAGGUCUCUAAUUCAAAUUUCAUCUCUGCCAUGACCCCAUGUGCAGCCUUGGUCAAAUUCCCCUCUCCCUUUUUGGGAACUUGGGAAUAGUACCACUAACCCAUCUUCUAUAUGGCUCCUGCCAACUUAGCAGUUUGAAAGCAUACCAGCACGCCAGGGCAAGUAGAUAAAUAGAUACCACUGCAGCAGGAAGAUAAAUGGCGUUUCUGUGCGCUCUGGCACUCAUUACUGUGUCCUGUUGCACCAAAAGCAUUUAGUCAGGCUGGCCACAUGACCUGAAAAAGCUGUGAGAUGAGUGCUGCACCCCAUAGUUGACUUUGACUGGACUUAACCGUCCAGGGUUCCUUUACCUUUACCUUUCCUGUAAAGAGUGCACAUGAUGAUGAGUGAAAUGGUUUGAACACUUUGAAUGCAGAGGAACAUAUGAAGCUACCACACAGCUGGUCAGAUUAUUUAUCCAUCUAGCCCAUUAUUGGCUACUCUGAGUGGCAAGAAAAUGAAUUGGGAAGGCAAAGGACGGAUUCCAGGGGUACAGAAGCUUAUUUGUUGAGGUGCAAUUUCUCGUGAACCUUCCACCCUUUCCUUUCUCUUAGUUACAAUUACUCUGGUGAAUGCCCUGAGUGUGAAGUGGGCGAGCUACAUACAGAACUUUUUUGCUGUGGCUAAAAUGGUGAUUGUCAUAAUUAUCAUUGUAAGUGGGAUUGUUCUUCUAGCCCAAGGUAUGUUAUGUUGAAGUUUUAGUUGCAGUAUCUAUCUAUCUAUCUAUCUAUCUAUCUAUCUAUCUAUCUAUCUAUCAUCUAUCUAUCUAUCAUCAUCUAUAAUGUAUCUGCAGCAGUUGACUGGGAUUGAUACAACUGCUUUGUUUUGUUUUUGCUUUCUGUUUGGGGGGUGGGUGGGAACCUGUUUGUUGAUAUUUUUAAUAUUUCCUUCCUUUUAAAUAAAUUAAAAGCCGUUUAUGACAUACAUUAAAGAUAAGUCUCAAGUUUCUAAAAGGUUAUAUUCCGUUUCAAUAUGUUUUAAGAUCUGGCAUAAUAUAAUCUAUGGGCACGUGCCCGUGGUGAAGUGGUGGUGGACCACAAAAAUGGGGAAGGGGUCAAGGAGGGUCAGUUGGGUGGUGAGCGAUCAAUGUACAUCUUAUUUUCCUUUGAGGAAUGAAUCUGGAAGAUAUGAUACCAAAACCACAAAGGGUCCAGUGGCAUCUUAGGCAACAGAUUUAUCAGGGUGGGUGGGAGUUUUCACGGACUCUGAGCCAAGUUCCUCAGCUGCAAGAAAUGACAUGUUUCACUUUCCCUUCCCCAGGAAAUACAAAGAACUUCAACAAUUCGUUUGAAGGUCCCCCACUUUCUGUGGGUACCAUUAGUCUUGCAUUUUAUAAUGGACUCUGGGCCUAUAGUGGAUGGUAAUAUAAUUUUAUGACUCAUUAACAGUUAGAGUGUAGCAGUUCAUGCCUUAUUUUGAUGUGUCUUUACUGCACUUUAAGAAAGAUACUGCAUGAAAACUGUGGCACCUGAAGUCUUGCUGAAGAAUCACACCUGGAAAUAGUGUAGGGUGGGGAAUACUUAUUCUAAACUUAUGGUGACUUCCUGGUAGGCAUGAAAGGAGACAGCCCACCCACUUUUGUGGGGGAGAGCUAAGCAGACCAUUAACUUGUGGAACUUGCUAUCACAUGAUGCAGUGAUGGCCAAUAGCUGAGAUGGCUUUUGAAGGCACCAACAAUAUCAGCUAGUCUUAGGUCAUUAGAAAAAAGAGUUAACAGCAUCUUAAGGUUAGAACUAUUAUUUAGGCAGGCAUCCCCAACCUUGACCCUCCAGAUGUUUUGGGACUACAACUCCCAUCAUCCCUAGCUAACAGGACCAGUGGUCAGGGAUGAUGGGAGUUGUAGUCCCCAAACAUCUGGAGGGCCGAGAUUGGGGAUGCCUGACUUAGAGCCAGUUCAUAUGCAUAAUAAAAUCUCUGAUCCAAUAGGUCUCUCCAGAUGUUUCCAUAGGUUGGGGUGUGGAUGGGUGUUGUCUUAAUUGAUGGUUGCUUCUCAUAUGGGAGGUGAAUGGAUGCCAGGUAUUACAAAAGGAGGAAGGACUCAUAUUUGUUAAGGGAAUAUUUUUUUUCCUUAAGUGGUAAGGCUGUGUCUGGGCUGUAGUAUUUCAGAUGGCAGCUCCUUCAUACUCAAUCCUCAAAAUAGACCCCUACACAUAGAAAAUAGCAUGUCACAGAGAAACGUAACUGAGAAGCUUUUCCUUUUGUCCAGGAUAGCCAUAUGCAGGGCAUCAGGCUACCAAAGGCUGAUCUAACGUAUGCUUAGAUGUGCAAGGGAUUAUUUUUGCACAGAACAGGUGCAUAUAUUCCUGAUUGUUUAUUGGUACUUGCUAUUACUGUUGAAAGCCAUAUUGGGCACUUGCUUCUGUGCAAAAUGCAGAACACAAAUCAAAAUAGGACAUUUUCUACUUGGCUCUGUGAAAUCUCUCAUAAAGAUUUUGCUGUUGUUUGUGGUUGAAAGGUAAUUAUAAUUUCAGAAAAAAUAUCUAUUAACAUCCAGACUUACAUCCCAUAACCCUUUUAUUUGGAAAUUAAAUUCCACUGGGUUCAAAAGGGUUUUCUCCCAAGAAUGUGCAGGAUGCAAAGUAACAUUUUGGUACUUCUCUCUCCCCCCCCAUCCCUUCCAGGAAUCAACUUAAUUAUAUCACAGAGGAACUUAAAAAUCCUAAUAGGUAAGAAAAAUGCUGCAUCAGCUGAUAGAACACCAUUUCUUUUUCCUCCUCCCUCACAGUCCCAUUGAAACAAGGAUUUCCAACCUGCCAUUCAGUGUACAGCCCUAAGGCAGUGUGCAAAAAGUUUCACAAAGCAACAACAAAAUCCAGUAAGCUGUUUUCUGAAACCAGGCCCACGUUAGUGAACUGCAUCUAUACAGUUAGGAGGAAAUAUAUCUAUUCCAAGUCAUUUUGUUGCCUGAGGUAAAGGACAAGAUGGUUGCCACCUGCAGAAGCUAACUGGACUGGCUGUUUUAGUCUGACAGUGCCCUUCAGAACCACCCAAGGGCAGAAAACUAGUUUAGGCUGUGUGGCACACCCAGCUCUAUCCUCCACCAGGAGGGAAAUGCCUGGGAGCACAGGAGGAACUGCCUCUAGCCACUAGCAUCUGCCACCCAAGGCAGUUGCCUCACUCUACCUAGUGGUAGAGCCGGCCCUGCAUCCAACAACAACAGAGCGAAAUUUUAAAGUCUAAAUACACAGCUGUUUAGAGCCAAACUAGAUGUAGUGUUCAAUGUACAGAUGCAAUUAAUAUGUUGUUGUUGUUGUUUAGUCGUUUAGUCGUGUCCGACUCUUUGUGACCCCAUGGACCAGAGCACGCCAGGCACUUCUGUCUUCCACUGCCUCCCGCAGUUUGGUCAAAUUCAUGCUGGUAGCCUCGAGAACACUAUCCAACCAUCUUGUCCUCUGUUGUCCCCUUCUCCUUGUGCCCUAAAUCUUUCCCAACAUCAGGGUCCUUUCCAGGGAGUCUUCUCUUCUCAUGAGGUGGCCAAAGUAUUGGAGCCUCAGCUUCACGAUCUGUCCUUCCAGUGAGCACUCAGGGCUGAUUUCCUUAAGAAUGGAUAGGUUUGAUCUUCUUGCAGUCAAGAGUCUCCUCCAGCACCAUAAUUCAAAAGCAUCAAUUCUUCGGCGAUCAGCCUUAUAUACAUGUAUUUUAUAACGUUAAUGAGCAGCAUCCAUGGGGACGGGGUGGGGGCUGGUCUCCCCCCGUUAACCCUCCCCCCUCCUUUGUCCUGCUGACCCUCCCACCCAAGCCGCUAUCUGCAUUGGGAAGGAAGCUCCUCCUCUGGUUCUGCUUGCGUGUCCACUCAUCUUAUGUUCUUAAGUUCUCAAUGCAAAUAUCAUUCUUUAACUGAUAGCAUAUCUCUUUACAUUAUCUAGAAAUCUACCACUCUGUAUUGGUAUUGGAAUCCCUCUGGUCACAGUUUGUUAUGUUCUGAUCAAUAUAUCCUAUUUCACGGUUAUGACAACAACAGAACUUCUGCAGUCUCCAGCUGUUGCUGUGGUGAGUCCAAGUGGGAAAAUGUGUUGUUUUUCACCUCUGUACCAGAGGCAGAACAAGAUCGGAAGUGGUUUAAGUUACACAAGGGAAAACUUGCUUCUCUAAAAAGUUGUGCAAGCUUUUUAUUAAGUAUCUUUUUCAUUACUGCUGUAUCUUCAUGUGCCCAGUUGGUUGACCUCUAGGUUUUAAAGAUGUGCAUUAUUUCAAUUCCUUCCAUCACAGACAUAUGGAGAUAGGGUUCUUUAUCCUGCUUCCUGGAUAGUCCCUCUCUUUGUGGCUUUUUCUGCCAUCGGGUCAGCCAAUGGGACUUGCUUUACUGCUAGCAGGUAAAACAAAACUUUCUGAUGUGGAAUUCCAGUGCGCUGCAAGUUAAAGUUGACUUAUGUGCCCCCAGCCCCGAAUCCAGAUUGCAAGACUUCUGCAUUUAUAUGUACCUGGAGUUAAGAGCAUCAUGAUUGUCAACAGGCAGAUGCCCAGGUGACACUUAAAAGCAGGUCAUAUUGCAGACAGCUGCCCCAAUCAUCUGCUAAUUAGAAGUACAUGUGCCUCUGAAUUAGUUUUCCUCUGAAUUAAUCCAAUCAUUUUUAAGGAACUCGUGGUGGAAGCUGCCCCAGCAUUAUGUGAAUAAAUAAUUCAAUAUGUUAGUGAUACAUUGUGUGAAGGAGUACUUCAUAGUCAUUCUGAACGGGUCCCAUGUCUGCACCAUCCUCUCAUUAAAAGUAACCUGCGGCACUUGGGAGACAGGGGCACAUUGACAUUUCCAAGCUACUAAACUUUGCUGAGUUGCUGGAAGGUGGUGCAAGGAAAGGUGGUAUAGAGGGGGAAAGCAGCUUAAAUUUAACAUCACACCUGCACAUUCACUCACAUUUAUUGGAAGCACAGUAGUGAUGUACUAUAUAUGUCAGAUGGGGAAAAUCCCAUAUCUUGUUAUUCACAGUGCAUGUGGCAGUUGUGCUGAUCUCAUUCCAUUUCCCAGAUUCUUAUGCUUUUAACACUGGACUUAAUCAGAAUCUUGUUUUUUCUCAAACCACAACCGUUGCAACUAGUUCCUCAGACACUCUCCAUAGGCCCGUAUUACUUCAUAACAUGGUAAACACAGAUUCUGCAAUGCUCUCUGAAUGCAUCACCAAAAAUAUGAAAAGCGCAGAUGUCUUGUCAUCCUUUGCUCUCAGUCAGCCCAUCACAAUGGCUUCUCUAAUGAGAGUGAUUUACCUUCUCAGGCUUCCUUACGUAGCUGGUCGUGAAGGACAUGUGUUAAAGGUGCUCUCUUACAUCAACAUCAAGCGCUUAACUCCAGUGCCUGCUAUUAUCUUUUAUGUAAGUAUGAUUUCUGAAGUGUCAGAAAAACAUCAUAAGACCCCUGCUGGAUCAGACCAAAGGCCUGUCUAGUCCAGCAUUGUUCUCUGUUAUUGGAAGCAGGGCUUAGCCGUCACGACUAGUAGUCAAUGCUGCUUUUAUCCUCCAUUUAUUUGUCUAAUAUCCAACCGGUCCACGUUGGCAGCCAUCACAACUCCCAUGAGGUCAAAUUCCGUGUGAUUGCACAUGGCUUUCCCAUCUGUAUGCAAAAGGGUCUUUAUGAAAAUGGAGGCCUUGUAUUAUAAUGAAGCAACCAUGCAGUAGGGCUGCAAAUUUAAAGUCACUGGAGAGACUAAGCAAGCAUGUCUGAAUUACGGUAGUUUUCCAACAGUGUUAUCAUAGCCACAAUUAGUAUUGGCCAUUCUAUUAAAAGGCCUCUAAACCCAACACGGGACGCGGGUGGCGCUGUGGGUUAAAGCCUCAGCGCCUAGGACUUGCCGAUUGAAAGGUCGGCGGUUUGAAUCCCCGCGGCGGGGUGCGCUCCCGUCGCUCGGUCCCAGCGCCUGCCAACCUAGCAGUUCGAAAGCACCCUCGGGUGCAAGUAGAUAAAUAGGGACCGCUUACUAGCAGGAAGGUAAACGGCGUUCCGUGUGCUGCGCUGGCUCACCAGAUGCAGCUUGUCACGCUGGCCACGUGACCCGGAAGUGUCUGCGGACAGCGCUGGCUCCCGGCCUAUAGAGUGAGAUGAGCGCACAACCCCAGAGUCUGUCAAGACUGGCCCGUACUGGCAGGGGUACCUUUACCUUUAAACCCAACACUGAAAUCUGCAGGGUUUUUUUUAAAAAAAAUGCCUUCUCCAUAAUGCAUAUCUUCUCCUUUCAGGGUGCAAUAGCUAUGCUUUACAUAAUUCCCGGAGACAUCAACACCCUCAUCAAUUACUUUAGCUUUACGGUUUGGAUAUUCUAUGGUCUAACUGUGCUGGGACUCAUUGUCAUGCGCUUUACAAGAAAAGAUCUUGAAAGGCCUAUCCGUGUAAGUAGCCCACCACAAGAUAUUCUCAUCAGUGUUCAGGAUGGUUUGGCAGUUCCUCCUUUUGUUACUGCUGGAGUUGGGGGAGAAAUUAGGUUAACAUGAGAGCUGCCUCUAGGUUAGAUUAUUGCAAUGCACUCUAUGUAGUGCCGUUUUGAAGAGCAUUCAGAAACUGCACUUAGUGCAGAAUUCAGGGGCCAGAAUUGACUGGGAGUAGGCGGUCUGAUCCUAGAACGCUGAUCCUGGUUCAAGUGCAUAGGAUGUGUUAGCUCCCUGGCCCAAUUCAAAGUGCUGCUCUUGACAUAUAAAGUCUUACACUACCCAUGACAUCAAUACUUCAAGAAAGGUACCCCUGCCCGUACGGGCCAGUCGUGACCGACUCUAGGGUUGCGCGCUCAUCUCGCUCAAGAGGCCGGGAGCCGGCGUCGUCCGAAGACACUUUCGGGUCACGUGGCCAGCGUGACGAAGCUGCACUGGCAAGCCAGCACCAGUGCCGCACACGGAAACGCCAUUUAACUUCCCACUAUAAAGCGGUACCUAUUUAUCUACUUGCACUUAGGGGUGCUUUCGAACUGCUAGGUGGGCAGGAGCUGGGACCGAACGACGGGAGCUCACCCCGCUGCGAGGAUUCGAACUGCCGUCCUUACGAUCAGCAAGUCCUAGGCACUGAGGUUUUACCCACAGCGCCACCCGCGUCCCUUAAUACUUCAAUACUUAAUACCUAAUCAUCUGAGGGCCUUUUUGUGUGCCCCCUUCAAUAAACAGCAACAUGAGAACACGCCUUUUCAGUGGUUGUUCCCCAAUUGUGGAAUGGUCUUUUUAGAGAUGCAACACCAAGUUGUUAAAAUGGAGUGCAUUAGACUCUUGAGCCAGAAUAUUACUUGGCCUUCCUAGGUCGUUCCAAUCUGGGAUUCCUCAACACACACAAUUACAUUCCCAACCCCUCCGCUCUGUCUUGCAGGUCCCUCUUAUCAUCCCCAUCCUUGUGCUGUUUGUUUCCAUUGUGCUGGUCCUGGCACCCAUCAUCACUGCACCCGAGCUGCCAUAUCUGUAUUGCGUUCUGUUUAUUAUCAGUGGACUUGUCUUUUAUGUACUUUUCAUCCACUUCAAAUUCAGCUGGGCUCAAAAAAUCUCAAGUGAGUAUAUGGUUGAUUUCCAUCCCAGGGGAAGAGGUGUUUGUGAUGAAAUAAUCUGGGUGUGGCUCUUUAACUCUGAUUCAAAGGGAAAGAGCUUCUUAAAGUGGAACAGUGGGGUGCAUGAGAUACAAUAAAGAGGAAAUUAUGGGAAUAGAGGAGGCUCAUAGAGCCGGAAUGGGGUAUGUGGUCUCCUCAGAUCACUCGAGUUGCUAGAGAUUACAUACUCAAUGCAUGCUUCUGCGCACUUGCCCCUUGCCCUUUGCAGGCACAUGGGUGCUAGUGUUUCCAGUUACAAAAACAUUCCAGUUGGAAUGUCCCACUUUCCUUCAGGGUAGACAAUUUUUAAGCCUCCCUAUAUUUUAAAGAGUUUUAGACAUUCCUGUGCCUGCUUCUUCCUAACUACUAGCCAUCUCUUCUUUAAAGAUUGAAACUUGAUGGUAGUUUGACAUACACAGGAAAUAGAUCCUUUUGAUUGUGGCAACUGGUCUUUUGAGUGGACUCUGACACUUAGCAAAGGUUACAGCUCAUUAUGUCCUGGAAACCGUUUGAAAUGUGAUCCGAGAUGCCCUCACUUUCUGGAAUAUUCUCAAGACCCAUGUUAAUUUGGCUAUAGGAAAAGUAAAGCCCAUAAUCUGGCUUGUGCAAUCAACACGGAGGCUUCUAAGUGGUUAAGUGCAAAAGGGGAAAUGAUCUAGGAAAAGAAAUGGUACUAACAGUGCAAUUGCCAUUUCUGAAGGCUUCUGACCUCAACAACUUCUGCGUUUCAGAGCCCAUCACUAUGCACCUUCAGAUGCUUCUGGAAGUAGUUCCACCAGAAGACGUUCCUGAAUAA